AUGCGCCUGCCGGCGAUCCUGCUGCUGGUUACGCUGCUGCUGCAGCCGGCGGCCGGCUUCAUCAACUUCAUCACGAGCCGCAUCCUGGCCAUUCUGAGGACUGAUGCUGUGCUGGGGCAGGAGUACGUGACUCCUCUGGCCAUGGCCAUCGUGCUGGGCACACUGAUCGCCGGGCAGUACGGCUUCCUGCCCGUCAGAACCAAGCAGGUGGUGAAGAAGCUGCAGCGGCUUCACUACGAGUCCCACCUGGAGCCGCCCCACCGCCGACACCGCCGCGCGCUCGGCGAGGAGGCGCUGGACUGGCUGCUGCAGACGCUUCAUACGCUGGAUGAGGCAACAGCCCGCCUUGCAAACGGCCAACGAACUGGAGGCAAACGGAGCGGCACGUGGAAAUAGGCCAUUCUGAACCUGCGACUGGUGACGCUGACUGAACAAUGCCUCAAAGACUCUGCAGCGGCUCUGCAUGGAACCCAUUUUUGACAUCACACCCAGGAAAAUAGUCAUGAGAACUGUGGCAGCGCUUGAGCUGGCAACGGCCAUUUGAGAGCUUUUAUAAGUUCAGUUUGAUCUUUCGCCUUGUCGAUGACAGGUUUGUGUGCCAUUGACAAUGUUUCAAGAUCAUGCAGGCUCAGAUGGAUAUGUGCGACUGGUAAACGUCUAACUGAUCGGGUCUUCAAGUCAUCCAGGCUGCCAACGUGCAA